UUUUUAAUUCCUUUUUUUUUUUUCAGUUCUAGCAACAGCAUCUUCAUCAAUCCUUGACUCAAGCAAAAGCAUCAUCAUCAUCAUAAUGAGCUUUAAAGCUCUUACCCUGUGGCUGUGGUGCAUUUGGCUGAAUUUGUUUGAUUUAUCAUUAGGAGCUGUGAGACACUACAAGUUCAAUGUACAGUACAUGAUCCACAAACCAGAUUGCAUUGAGCACCUUGUCAUGGCAAUCAAUGGUCAAUUUCCUGGCCCCACUAUCAGAGCUCAAGUUGGUGACACCCUUCAUAUUGCUCUCACCAACAACCUUUUCACAGAGGGAACACUUAUUCACUGGCAUGGAAUUAGACAGUAUGGAACACCUUGGGCAGAUGGAACUGCUUCCAUUUCACAGUGUGCCAUAACCCCUGGAGAAACUUUUCAUUAUAGAUUCACAGUUGACAGGCCAGGUACAUACUUCUACCAUGGACACUAUGGUAUGCAGAGAACAGCAGGGUUGUAUGGUUCUUUGAUAGUGGACUUAGCAAAGGGUCAAAAGGAACCAUUUCAUUAUGAUGGUGAGUUUAACCUUUUGUUGAGUGAUUGGUGGCACGAAAGUACACAGGUGCUAGAGGUUGGCCUCUCCUCCAUCCCAUUCAGAUGGGUUAACGAUCCUCAGUCUUUGCUCAUUAAUGGAAGGGGACAAUAUAAUUGUUCCAUGGCAGCUAAUCUUAUCAACACCACCCUACCCCAAUGUAAGUUUAAAGGUGGUGAAGAAUGUGAACCCCAGAUUCUCCAAGUUGAUCCAAACAAGACCUACAGGAUCAGGAUUGCCAGUACCACUUCCCUUGUUUCUCUCAAUUUUGCCAUUGCGAAUCACAAAAUGGUGGUGGUGGAAGCCGAUGGAAACUACGUGCAACCAUUUACCAUAGACGACAUACACAUACACUCAGGGGAGAGCUACUCAGUUCUAGUAACUACAAAUCAAGAUCCAAACAAAAACUAUUGGAUAUCAGUUGCUAUUUCAGGAAGAGAAACCACCCCUCAAGCAUUAACCAUACUAAACUACAAAACAGUCCCUACCACAAUUUUUCCUUCUUCUCCACCUUCCAUGACACCUCAAUUUGAUGAUUUCAAUCACACCAAAGCAUUCACUCAUAAAAUUCUUGCCCUUAAGGGAACCCCACCACCUCCACAACAAUAUGACCGAAGACUUCUCCUACUCAGCACAGAAAACUUAGUUAAUGGAUAUGGCAAAUAUGCCAUUAACAAUAUCUCCUUAGUGUUACCAACAACUUCAUACUUAGGUGCCAUUAAGUACAAAAUCGGUGGUGUGUUUGACCAGAACCCCCCUCCUGAGAACUUUUCAACGGAUUAUGACAUCUUUAACCCCCCAAUGAACCCUAAUUCAAAAACUGGGAAUGGGGUUUACAUGUUUGAGUUGAACCAUGUGGUUGAUGUGAUACUCCAAAAUGCCAAUGCAUUGAAUGGGAAAAUUAGUGAGCUUCACCCUUGGCAUUUGCAUGGGCAUGACUUUUGGGUUUUGGGGUAUGGAGAGGGAAAAUUCAAAGCGAGUGAUGAGAGCAAGUUCAACUUGAAGAACCCACCAUUGAGGAACACUGCAGUGCUAUUCCCUUAUAGUUGGACUGCUUUGAGGUUUAAGGCUGACAAUCCUGGUGUUUGGGCUUUCCAUUGUCACAUUGAACCUCAUUUGCACAUGGGAAUGGGAGUGGUUUUUGCUGAGGCUGUUCAACAUGUGGAUCAUAUACCUGGCUCCUGUGGAUGCUAUAGAAUCUAAGAAGAUGGUCAUGAACACGAAACAUAGUUGAAACUAAUUAGUUUUCAUUUGUGUUUGCCAUUAAUAUGAUAUCUCAUGCACGUGUUUUCUUCCCCGUGGUCAUCGUUUGUGUUAAAUUCACCAAUAAAAUUUGUAGUUCUUGUAUUGUAUUUCAUCCUAUCUUCAUAAUAGUUUGUGUUAUAUUGUAAUUCAA